AUGGCCACAUACCUAUUAUGAAGCAAAGAACCAUUCUUUCCUUCUUUUUUUCUUCACUAUCUGACCUUAAAUUCUCUCUUUUUUCCCCUACUUUUGGUGGGGUUAGCUGUUUUCUUGAAAAAAUUGGAUUUUUUCAACUGGAAUGCAAAUUUUGGCUAAAGAUCAAAUCUGGGUUGUGUUUUUCUUGGUUCAAAAUCUGAUCUUUUUUGGUUUAUUUUGUGGAUUUCUUUAUUUUGAAGAACAGCAGCAGCUAUGCCUACUCUUGUUAAUCACAGUGGUGAUGAUGAGUUCUAUUCUGGUGGACCAUUUUGUUCUGCUGAAGUUUACUGCCCUCCUAGGAAGAGGGUGCGCAUUAGUAGCCCGUUUGUUGUUGAAGACCGGUCAAAGGAUCCAUCUCUUGAAAUUCUUCCUGAUGAAUGCCUAUUCGAGAUCCUUAGAAGAUUGUCUGGUGGCCGUGAAAGGAGUGCAGCGGCUUGUGUUUCUAAGCAUUGGCUUAUGUUGUUGAGUAGCGUGCGGAACUCCGAAAUUUGCAGGAGCAAGAGCCAUAACAAUCUGUCAAGUGUAGAGGAAGUAAAGGGGAAUUCAAAAGAUACAACAAUGAUCUCUAAAGAUGAAGAUCUUGAAGUAGAAUGUGAUGGAUACCUUACUAGGUGUGUGGAAGGGAAGAAAGCUACUGAUGUUAGACUUGCUGCGAUUGCAGUUGGAACUUCUAGCCGUGGGGGGCUAGGAAAGCUUUCUGUCUGUGGGAGUAACGCUGUUCGUGGUAUUACUAAUGUUGGUCUAUCUGCAAUUGCACAUGGUUGCCCUUCUCUUAGGGUCCUAUCGUUGUGGAAUGUUCCUUCUAUUGGAGAUGAAGGUCUCUUUGCGAUUGCAAGGGAAUGCAAUUCAUUAGAAAAGUUGGAUCUAAGCCAAUGCCCUUCAAUUUCCAACAAGGGACUUGUUGCAAUAGCAGAGAAUUGCCCGAGCUUGACUUCUUUGACAAUUGAAUCUUGUGCGAAUAUCGGAAAUGAGGGAUUACAAGCUAUUGGAAGAUGUUGCACCAAAUUACAGUCUCUUACCAUUAAGGACUGCCCUCUUGUUGGGGAUCAGGGAGUCGCUAGUCUUCUGUCAUCGGGUGCUACAAUGUUGACAAAAGUGAAACUACAUGGUCUAAACAUCACGGAUUUCUCG